GUCAAAAUAUGGUCCAAAUCUACCCCACAAUCGAGAAACAUCCCUCCUCCAAUUUGUUUCCCACUCCCAGGCAAUUUCACAGCAGGCACAAUGACGAGCAUUCGAAUCCCGGCGGCCGCAGACUUUCACGUCCACCUUCGGGAUGGCACCAUGAUGGAGACGGUGGUCCCUACAAUUCGCCAGGGCGGAGCAUCUCUUGCCUAUGUGAUGCCUAACCUCGUCCCACCGAUCUCGAGUGUUCAGCAAGCACUCGACUACCACUCCCGGCUCCAGGCGCUCGAUCCCUCGGUGACGUUUCUUAUGACUUUGUAUCUUUCGCCCGAGAUUACUCCCGAGGUGAUUGCAGAAGCUGCAGCAACCGGCAAGAUUGCCGGAGUGAAAUCAUACCCCAAGGGUGUCACCACCAACUCCGACGCCGGAGUGGUUGACUACGCGUCCUUCUACCCCGUCUUCGCCGCCAUGGAGGAACAUGACCUGGUCCUCAACCUCCACGGCGAGUGCCCUUCGAACUCAACCACCUCCCUUCUCAACGAUGCCGAAACCUUUCAGCCCGCCACAUCCUCCACCACCACCAUCCUCAAUGCCGAGGAAUCGUUUCUUCCUACCUUGCUAGACCUCCACAGCCGCUUCCCGAAGCUGCGGAUCGUAUUGGAACACUGCACUACUGCCGCCGCCAUCGCCGCCGUGAAACAGUGCGGACCUACUGUCGCCGCCACAAUAACCGCCCAUCACUUGUACCUAACCAUCGACAACGUCGCUGGCAACCCGCACUGCUUCUGCAAGCCAGUAGCAAAGCUGCCCUCGGACCGUGCCGCACUUAUGGCUGCAGCCACCUCCGGCGAUCCCAAGUUCUUCCUUGGAACCGAUUCGGCGCCGCACCCCAAGAACAAGAAGAUCGGUACUGCCAAUGCCGCCGCCGGUGUAUUCACGCAGCCAUACGCCGUGUCGUACAUCGCCACUGCCUUCGAUCGCGUCGGCAAGAUGGAUGCCGUGCGUGCGUUUGUAGCCGAGUUUGGAAGGGCCUUCUACAAGACUGUCGAGAAGGGAUGGGAGUCGGCUGAAGAUGUGACGAAGGAUGCGAUCGAGCUGAAGAAGGAACCAGGUGUAAAGGUGGUGGAUGAAUUUGGACAGGGAGAAGGCGUGGUGGUUCCGUUCAUGGCGGGAGAGACCGUGUGGAGUGUCACCUGGUUGUAAAAAGAGCCCGUGACCUUUGUAGAUGCAAAAUGUCGAUAGACUGACUGUCAUUGUACCAUUUGCCCAUAUGAAUAUGAAUGCAAAUAUCACCGACCAGCUAUUACUCCUGUCUCACUAGUUUCCUCAGGUUGUCAUGGAUGGGGCCACGAGUAACGGCAUAGGGG